UCAAAAGAGAGUCAAGGCUGGAGAACUGAAGCCGGAGGCAUCCUCUGAUUCCGGACACCAAGCCUUGGACAGGGAAGAAUCCAGACACCAUGGGCAGGCAGAAGGCGCUUCUGACAGCCAUCGGCCAGAGGCUGAGGAUUCGGAACAUGCUGGUCCGGCAAGCCCUGGCCGAAUGCCUGGGGACCCUCGUGCUGGUGAUGUUCGGUUGCGGCUCGGUGGCCCAGAUUGUGCUCAGUAGAGGGAGCCAUGGACGCUUCUUGACUGUCAACUUGGCCUUUGGUUUUGCUGUUACACUAGGCAUUCUGAUUGCCGGACAGGUCUCAGGUGCUCAUCUGAAUCCUGCCGUCACCUUUGCCAUGUGCGUUUUGGCCCGGGAACCGUGGAUCAAGCUGCCCAUUUAUACCCUAGCGCAAACCAUCGGAGCAUUUCUAGGAGCGGGCAUCGUAUUUGGCUUAUACUACGAUGCCAUCUGGGCGUUUGCUGGAAACCAGCUGUUAGUUACAGGUGCCAACGGGACAGCGGGCAUCUUUGCCACCUACCCAUCAGAACACUUGUACUCCGUGAAUGGGUUUUUUGACCAGUUCAUUGGCACGGCAGCUUUGCUCGUUUGCAUCUUGGCCAUUGUGGAUCCCCACAAUAACCCAGUCCCCAAAGGACUGGAAGCCUUCACCAUCGGCUUCGUCAUCCUCGUGAUCGGAACCUCCAUGGGCUUCAACUCCGGAUACGCUGUCAACCCAGCCCGUGACUUCGGGCCUCGCCUCUUCACCGCCAUUGCUGGUUGGGGCUCCGAAGUUUUCACGACCGGCAGGCAGUGGUGGUGGAUCCCCGUUGUCGCUCCUUUCCUGGGAGCCCUCGCCGGCGUGAUGGUCUACCAGCUGAUGAUUGGGUGCCAUGACGAACCACCUCCCGAAUCAAACGACGAGGAGAGUGUCAAGCUUUCCAACAUAAAGCAGAGGGACAACAUUUGAGGGUUUCUCGCGGAAAGAUGCUGGGCUUCCAUGUGCCUACGGACUAUUUUUUAAAAAAGAAGCACCAGUAGGAGGACUUCAGUAGCCAAAGAAAAGCGAACGCAGGACAAGACACAACACUGCAGGGAUUUCUCUCCCCUCUUUUGAGCUAGUCUUCUCUGUUCCUGGUUGCUUUGUAUGCUCUUGAUGUAUUUGCUUUAGUACACCCUGUAUGCUGAAUUAUGGCCUUACUCUCUCUUGAGCCGGGCUUUAUGGGUUUAAAUGGGUGAAACACAAGAAAGGCCAUUUUGCAGCCCCAGUGCACCUCCAUUUAUCAAGUUGUACAAGCAUUUUGCUUCGAAGCUCUCCGCUGUCUUCCCCAUUCAUAGGAAACGGGUUCGAGGGACGUUGAGCUCCUUCUGUAAAUAGGUCAAGGGUCACCAAGUAGAUUAGGCUAUUAUGCAAUUGCUGCCUAUUAGCUCCGCAGGCUAAAUCCAUUUGUACAGAAUUGGGAUUCUGCAGGACAACUGUAUCCCGCUGUGUUCUGCGCAAGGCUGAAGUCUUAUGGGCCAGCUCGGCCAACCUUUUCUGUAGAACAAGCAACAACAGAGAGGCUUCCUCCCCCCCACCGCCUCCAGCACUGAGCUUUGUAAAAAUACCUCUCCGUAUUCUGUCACAAGUGUAGUGCUCAGCUUUUGAUAAAUCUGCUUGUGCAACAUGUCAGUUUAUGUCUUGCUUCAGGCUGUUGCUGCUGUAAAUAAUGCAUUGAUAAAGAAAUCCCCAGGUAGCUCCAGGCCAGCGGAGUUCUAGUCCUACACAGAGUGACAGGUGCUUGAAAUCAAUGGGCUUAACAGCGCUUAACUGUUUGUUGAGUUAUGGCCUGGAGCUUUUAUUGCAGUAAGCAUUCGUUCUACAUUCAUUGUGUAGUGCUGCUGAUAUGGGAAGAAAAUGCUGCUUAAUUACACUGCCAUCCAUAGACUAAGGAAAGUAUCUUGUGGUAGAACUCAACGUAAGGUACAUCAGUGAAAGAUGGACAUUCUAACCACCCAGAUCCAACAAAGUAGAGUGGUGCCAUCUGUAAAAGAUGGUUGUUCAGUGGCUCUCUUCUCAUUUAUUAGAAAGUUAAGAUCCCUGACAUGCUUUUGAAUGGGAUCUCCAAUAUGCCAUGGCAUUCCUUAAUUCAUGGUGUUGCCCAUUUGGGAAACUGGGUGGUUGCUGGUCCCCCAGAAAGCUUCUUCCUGAUUCAGAAAGCACCAAGAAUUCCAGCCGCACACCACAAUCCUUGGCUUUAAUUAACAGGUCGUUUGAAAGGUGCAGGCAUUUAAUGAAUUGACAAUGGCAUGAGUAGAAAAUUUUGCUUGCAGCAAGGGACAAACAGAGUCAUGUACGUAUUUUUGUUGUU